AUGGGGUCGGUGGAGAAUACUAGUCAGGCUAUUGGUCCCAUCCUGAUCUGGCUUGUGGCCGUGGUCUACAACUGCCCAGAGUUAUCCAUGUUCAACCUCGUUCGUAUUCCACGAGUGAACGAGACAGAUGUGGCCUACUGCUUCCCCACUAACCCCUACACCAACAUGAGAGAUUUCUACACUGUCAACUUCGUCCUGUGGUACGUCGUGCCUCUCAGUGUGAUGACCUUUAUGUACCUGCGUAUUUCGUGCACCCUGUGGAAAGCCAGCAGACCUGGCAUUCUGAAGAACACAGAUAACAUUGGCUUGCGACAACUGUCCGUCCGGGACACCGCUGGGGCUAGACAGGAGACUGUUCUGUGCUACGAUGGUUCUGUAUCUGCUGUGUUCACGCGAAAGGUGCCCAAAGCCCCCAACAGCCGGGAAUGCAGUGGAAGCGACGGAAGCAAUGGAGGCUCUGGGCAUCUCACUCUCACAGACACCCCGCGCUACUGUAGAUCUGACAACAACAACCACACCAUGGUAGGCCUACCGUUCGUCGCAGAGAAUGGCGAGCACACCAGGAAAGGCGUGUGGGAUGGGUCUGUCCAGCCGCACAACGGUACAUUCUCGGGUACAGAACCAGAAAGCUAUCUGGCUCCCGGUCGACAGCUGCUACAUCAUCAGCACCAGUACCAGCAGCAUCUCAACAAGCAGCACCAGCAACAGCAUCUGCAGCACCAUCCGAGGCAGCAGACGCAUCAGCAGCAGCAUCAGCAGCAGAAGCAGCAGCAACAACAGCAGCUACACCAUAAUAACAUACAACAGCAUUUUCACAAACCUCGUCGCAGCGCCCGUCGGCACCUGGCUUGUGACUUCACAUCAGAUGUGAGUGACGUCACAUCUUCAGAAGAGUAUGACAUGCUGGCUGCCAACGGUGCCCCUUCUCGUCGAAGACGGCGCCAGUACCAAAUGAACUCGGAGCGCGUUCUUGCCUCACGCCUCAGGGUAGUUCGUCUUCUCGUCAUUGUUCUUCUCACCUUUGCAAUCUGCGUAUUUCCAUAUCACGUCAAAUUCCUCAUCAUGUUCUGGCACCCACAGCCAACAUCGAAGCUUGAUAUUCUAUCUCCUCUUUCAUUUGCAAUGCUGUACAUGAACUCAGCGCUCAAUCCUAUACUUUAUUGGGUUUUCUCGGAUUCCUUCAGGACCAGCUUCAAGGACACCUGUCGGCGCACGUGCACGUCGUGUAGGAAUCUCAAGAAAGUAUAGCAUUAUCUCAAAGACAGAAUAGACAGAAUAGGGCUAUGGUAAGGAUGACUUCGUUCAAGAGCCGCCUACCAGCCCCCUUUCGCCGAAGGAGGCACGUAGUAUGUGAUCUUGAUUGUGUUGAUGAUUGUCAUUAUUUUGAGAAUAGUCCUGCCUUUCCAAUAAUUGUACAAAGUUCUUAAAGAGUGUGUCAAACUCUUAUCACUUCAAAGAUGGAAUAUUGUGUCUGUGCAUGUCGUGAGGUUAUACGUAAUAGUUUGCGCGUGAGUACAUGUUUGUUUAUGAGUAAGGGUGCUGAUGUGUGUCUCAGUGCCGAGGUGAUUUGGCAUUUUAUGAGUGUAAGUUUAUUUCCAGGACUGACAUAACACAAGGGGGAAAUUCAAAAACAAGCCAUGCGUGAAAGAAUAAAUGAAAUAAUGUGUGCUAACAAUGUAAUUACAGAUGAUUGUUAUUAUUAUUCAACACCUGCAGAAGUGACAUUGUGGUGUCUUCAGUGUGUUGAAGCGGGCGUACUCCGUAGAUAGAAUGCUCCCAUCAAAGUGUAAGUCUACAGUCGUCUUUUGGUGUAAUGGUUAUAUCCAGUGCACGCUGCCAAUCAGAUUUAUUUGAUUGAGUCGGGGCCAGCUAGAUCUUUCUUCAUGGAUGAGGCAAAAGCUACUAUUUACUCUUGAGUCCUAUACGACUAGAUUCAAUUAGAUUCGACUGUGAAUUUCAAAACCAAGCAAGUUUGUUUUUUAUGAUCAUGAGUUGAAUCAGUCGUAUAGUGCCAAAACGGUAGCUUUUGCACCUCCUUGAAGGAAAAUCUGGCUAGAUCUAGUGCAGACUGAAUCAACAUCGAUCCCAAUUAGCAGUGUGCACAUAGCAUACGGCUCAUUUACGUAAACAAAGAACAUACUGUUUUAAUUCCCAUUUGGGGAAUAUAUUUUAUCGACUAUUUCCUAUCUAUGUGCUGGAUCGGAAUGAGCGACAUUUCUCGACCAAAGAUGGCUAUUUUUGCUACAUGACCAUCUUUGUGUCGACUGGGGCAGAAAAACAUAAUAAAUGACUUAACGUUUAUUGCUAUUACUUAUUCCAGCAUGCCUACUUUGUGAGCUAAGGUUCAGAUUGCUGAAGAGGGUCAAUUUUAUGUUACAACCUUUCGACAUGACUGGUUGCCGAAUAACUUGGUCAGCUCUUUACUUGAGUUGUGGUUAAUUAUGUAAUCCUACUUGCUUUCCAUCACUGUCUCACCCUCUCGCCUUCAUUGCAAUAAUGAU